GCGACCAUCAGUGCCUGUGCUUCGGAGAGGCGAGUGCAGUGGCAGUUGGCCUUGCAACUCUUUGGGGAGAUGCCGAAACUUCUGCUGGCUCCGAAUGUCAUCAGCUACAAUGCCGCCCUCAGCUCCUGCGAAAAGGCCGGGCAGUGGCAAGUGGCAUUGCAGCUGUUCGACUCGAUGCAGUCUGGCAAUCCCAGUCCUGACAUCAUCAGCCACAGCGCAGCGAUCAGCUCUUGUGAGAAAGGUGGCCAGUGGCAGUCAGCUUUACAUAUCUUCGCAUUUAUUCAGAAGGCACGCCUCAGCCCUGAUGUUAUCAGCUACAGUGCCGCCAUCAGUUCAUGCGAGAAGGGUGCGCAGUGGCAGGUAGCAGUGCACAUGCUGAGCCACAUGCCUGCGGCGAAACUUCUACCCAACAUCGUCAGCUACAGUGCCAGCAUAAGUGCUUGCGAAAAAGGUGAGCAGUGGCAGAUGGCACUGCACCUCUUCAGUGCGAUACCGAAAGCCAUGCUGACUCCGACUGAAAUUAGCUACAACGCCACCAUCAGCUCUUGCGAGAAAGGCCAGCAGUGGCAGCACGCACUGGGAUUGUUCAGCUCCAUGCCAAAAGCGAAGCUCAAGCCCAACAUCAUCAGCUACGGUGCGGCGAUCAACUCUUGCGAGGAAGGAAGCCAGUGGCAGCUCUCCUUUCAACUCUUCUACGACAUGUUGGGUGCUAAACUUACUCCCAACUUGAUACUCUACAGAAGCGCUAUCAGCUACUGCGAACUGGGUGGUCGAUAG